AUGAAACCCGAAGCUAUUCUUUCGGCGCUGGCGGGAAGUUAUGAGCUGCUCAAUAUCACCAGAAACAGAGCCAACGACAGCGUUGAGAUACCAACCGCCCGAAGCCCAUAUGCCUUCACUGGUCUGCUCAUAUACACAAGCAGCGGCUACAUGUCCGCGCACAUGACAUCGUUCAAUGUCUCCAACCUUCCCGACGACGGAGCAAACAUGGUCUGGCCCCCUCGAAAUACCACAGAUCUUGACGACGCGUGGGCCGUUGUCGCCAAAACUACGCUUGCAUAUGCUGGCACCUUGUCGAUUAAUCCAGAGGAUCCGUCCACCGAAGAGUCCGGAGCUGUCCUGCAUGGCCCGCUUCAUGUCACAAACAUGCCCGCAUGGGUCGGUGCGACUCAAACGGAAUUAAAUGGUGGUGAAGCACAAAGGCCAAAACGGGUGCACAUUCUUGAGACUCAGCGCACCUGUGAACGCAGACGCUACGGUUGA